AUGGGAGAAGAUGAAAUAAAAGCUUUGCUAUCAAAGAAUGAUCACAAGCCUUAUUCGUAUAAUGCACAAGGCACACCUCUGAGCCUUGAUGGACAAGAAAGUGGUCAUUCUUGGAACCAAGCAAGACAAUGGCACCUCCUUCAUCAGUCUUCCCAUGUUCCUCUGGAUUCAUUUAGCUACUGUGCUAAAUGUUUGACCUUUAUUUGGAACACAGUUUUCUCCAUUAUAGGAUUAUUCAUUUUGGCCAUUGGAAUUUGGGGGCUCUCAGAGAAGGAAUCCCUGGAAAGUGAACGAAUAACAUAUUUGGGCAGUGACCCCAUGCUUUUUUUUGUAUUAGUGGGGCUAGUAGCUACAUCUAUAUCCCUUUUGGGCUGUACAGGAGCUCUCUUUGAAAGCCUCUUUCUUCUGAAGCUUUUUACUGGAGGAAUAAUACUUUUUUUGGUUUUGGAACUUUUGAGUGGAAUUAUUGUCUUUUCUCUGAGACAACACAUCAAGGCUUCCUUGCAAAAUGUUCUUAUGGUGGCAAUGUUACAGUACCAGGACGACCUAGAUCUCCAGUUCAUUAUGGAUGAAAUUCAAUCAGGUCUUCAAUGCUGUGGAGUAAAGUCUUAUCUGGACUGGAAAGCAAAUUUGUAUUUUAACUGCACUUCUCCAGGUGUGCAAGCCUGUGGCGUUCCUGCAUCGUGUUGUCUGAAUCCACUGGAAAAUGGUACCAUCCUGAAUUCUCAGUGUGGCUUUGGCACCCUGGGCAUGGAAGAGUUUGCAGUUCAAAGCACCAUCUAUCUUGGAGGCUGUGUUCCCCAGUUAAACAGGUGGCUCAAUAGUCACGCAGGAACAAUAGGCUUCUCUGUUGUAGUUUUGAUUGUGAUUGAAAUAGGUAGCCUGUUUCUGGCCAUGAGGCUCCUAGCAGGCAUUGCUUCUGCUCGGACUCAGCAUUAUAGCGGGAAGGAGGGCAUGCAUUAGUUCUAUUAGGAGAGAUGGAUGUGUUUAUAAUCUUUUGAGGAAUAUCAAUCUAAAGUAUUAUAUAAUAUCAUUUGUACUAGUUAAUUUACCUAGGAUAAAAUGGAUAGGGGGAGGGGAACAAAAGCUGCUUUUCACAUGUAUUUAUCUUGCUCAUUCUCCUAGUUCCCUUUGUUUUCUGAUAAUUCCUGUCACCUCUUCACUCUGUACAUACUUGUAAACAUGGUCAGAAAAAAAGGAAUAAUGUAGCAGAUGACCUUUACACCCAGGUCACUUCCCUAUAAAUCUAGUAACUCAUUAUUCAUAGUCAUUUCUCAAAGUCAUUCAUUUCUGAUUUUGAUAUGGAACUACUUCCAAUCCAGGUACAGGUUUCCAAAACAAGAAGCAAAAACAGGAACACUUUGUCCCUUCUGAUUCUUUCUCACACUUUUUUGAAGUGAAAGUACAGCAACUGCAUAUUGUAGCAGAUCUUCACUCAGGAGAUACUGAGGUGCCAAAUGCAAAAGGCACAAAUGCUAGUACUUUGCCAUACCUAAUUUACAGAAUACAGAAUAAUAGACUAAGAGGAGACCAUGGAGGUUUUCUAGUCCAAUCCCCUGGUCAAGCAGAAGAUCCUAUGCCAUUCUGGACAAAUAGCUGUCCAAUCUCUUCUUAAAACAUCCAGUGUUGGAGCAUCUCCAACUUAUGGAGGCAAGACUUUAAUUGUUUUCACUACCAGGAAAUUUCUUCUUAUUUCUAGGUUGGUUGUUUCCUUGACAAGUUUCCAUCCAUAAUUUCUUGUUCUGACUUCAGGUGCUUUGGAGAAUAGGUUGACUCCCUCUUUUUUGUGACAGCCCAUUAAAUUUUGGAAGACUGCUAUCAUGUCAUCCCUGGUCCUUCUGUUCAUGAGAUUAGACAUAUCUAGUUCCUGCAACCGUUCAUCAUACAGUUUAGCCUCCAUCUCCCCAAUUAUCUUUGCUUCUCUUCUCUGCCCUCAUUCUAGAGUCUCAACAUCUUUUUUUGUAUCUUGAUGACCAAAACUGGGUGCAGUAUUCCAAGUCUGAUCUUAUCAAACAUGAGUUUUACAAAGAUACUUAUAUUGCCUUAAUAUAAUAUUUUCCUCAUAUGCUUCAUUCAGUCCUGGUUGUAAAUAGUUUUGGUUCUUCAUUAAUUAUAUAUAACACUUUCCUUCUUAAAUCUAUUGUGUCAUAUUUUGGACCCAUUGAAUUAAAUGCAUCAAUUGUUACAUAGCAGUAGUACAGACAUCCCUUGUAAAACUUAAUGGCUUUAUGUGUGGUGGAGAAAUUGAGGCUGGAAUUCUGUAUUCAUUUAUCUAGAAGCAAACACUAUUGAAUUCAUUCUCCUCCACUAAAAAGGAAGUAGAGUUUCAUCUAAAUAAAUAUCUAUCUUGUCCAAACACUUUAUUCUGUUUGUUCUUAGUUGAAUGUUUCCUCUCCAGGAUUAUACAGGAGACGUACAUUAACAUUUUCAAUAUUUUUAUUUUGUGCAAAUGUAAACCAGUAAUUAUUCAGAUUUCUUUUAAAUCUUAAAGGUGUAUCACUGCAGUCCAUCUUCUGGACCUUCAAUUACUGGCAUCUUACCUAAGCAAGGAAUAUUACAGUAGUUUUCAGUUAGGUAAGCUACUGCUUAAACUUUUUUUAUGAUCAAAGGGACAGAUCAGAAGGAAAGAGGACCAGUUUUGUUUAGUGGUUAAGACACCAGGCUAGAAAUUAGGAAAGCGAGAGUUCUAGUCCCAUUUUAGGCAUGAAAGCCAUCUGGGUGAUUUUGGGUCAGUCACUCUUUCUCAACCCAUGAUAUCAGGCUUGGGCAACAAAUAGUUCCUGUUACAACCAAUGGACACUCAGAUGAUCCAGAAAAAAAGGAGGGAUGCUGCACAUGUGGGGGAAAAACAGUAGGAUUUAAAAAACAGAUUAGAAGGAAAUGACGGACUUGUAAAAUGUGGGAUUUACUGCGUAUAAAAUGAAGCCAUUA